GGCCUCACGACGACUGCUGGGGGGGCGAGAGAGGAAACGCAUCCCCCCUCGUCUCCACAGCACCUCGUUGACCUUGUACGCACGCUUUGGACAGUCGUAUCCACACUCGCAACCGUAUACUCCUUCGCCAUGGCUAGCGCGGCCACCACGUCUUCCCCCUCCCAUACUUCGACGGACAGCGAUCACAACACUGCGCCCGUGCACGCCGAGGUGCAGCGAGACCAUUCGGAUGUUGGUGCAGCCGCUCCCUUGAGCCAAGGAGGUGGGCCGCAGAAGUCAACACCUUACAAUGGCAAAGAAGAGGCGUCGUCUUCCAGCAAUGCAGAGGGUGACGCUCGGAACGAUCUUCCCAUUAUUCCCGAGGAACAACGAUACUUUUCCAUCUUCGACAAGCAGAUCGCAUCCGAACGGAAAGCUUUCCUGAAGCCACUCCUCUUCUUCUUUGCGCUGACGACGAUCAUCCUAUGGUGUGUCUUGCCAAUCUUCUGGGGAUCGACGCUGCUUCAAGAGUAUUACUUUCCGCGUCUGCACAUUGACGUCGUCGACUUCGAUUCGAUUGCCUCGGGAUCCUCAGCACUCGUCGGCCCACGAGUUUCGGCCAUCCUGGCUUCCAUUACCGCGGCGUCUGGGCCUCACCUGACGUAUGAAAUCGUCGACCCCACGACUAAGUACCCCGGCGGAUACGAGCAGGUCAUGGAGGCUGUCAGACACUCGGGUCCCUGGGGAGCAGUCGUAAUCUUUGGCAACGCUACCACUGCCUGGACGGACGCCGUACAAAACGGCGUCACCACUUACGACCCGACCGGCUCGGUCGGAAUCUACUUUGCCGGUGCUCGCUUCUACCAAAUCGUCUUGCUCUUCCUGUCUUCGCUGCUCUCUGAAAAUGUCCACGACGGCGUCUACGCUGCUUCACAGGCUGCCACUGCCCAGUUCUUGUGUGGCAACACCAACGCAGCGGCAGUGACCACCGCUGCACCAGCUGCCCUAGGUACGGCUUUUAGUUUCUUUCAGUACGACGUCAGUCCCAUUACUGCGUGGGCUAGUGCCGCACCCAUGGAGGCUGGACUCAUCUACGUGACGAUUUUCACGUUCCACUUUGCGCUGGUGACCUUCUUUGGCCGAAUGUUCUCGGGGCUCAACAAUCGACUGAAGCUCUUGUCUCUCAUCAAGCUGAGACUGCUCGCUGUGACUGUUAUGUACUUCUUCCUAUCGCUGUGGUACACAUGCCUCAACGCAGCCUUCCAGGAGCCUCUCUACGACCACGUAGGCCGAGCUGGAUUCGUCGUCUUUUGGGCGCUCAACUUUGUCACUUUGUUUGCUCUUGGGCUCGCUAUGGAGUCUAUGAUCUCCUUGGUAACCAUCAAGUUCUUCCCCUUCUUUUUGAUCUUCUGGAUCAUCACCAAUCUCACGGCAUCCUUCCUACCGAUAGACAUCAUGCAGCCAUUCUACCGCUGGGGCUAUGCAUUCCCGUUCUACCAGAAUGUGCAGGCCACCAAGAUCAUUCUCUACGGUAUUCUGCCCAAUCACUUCCUAGGCCAAUACUUUGGUGUGCUCUUUGCAUGGUCAGGAGUCAACCUCGUCUUCUUGCCGUUCUGCAUGUGGGUGGAGAGAAGGAGAUUCGAAAAAGGCAAGGAGAAGGAAAGGAGGGAAAAGGAAGGGCAGAAAGGAGAAUAGCGAGUCGACAUUGUCCGACUCAUAUGUAUAAUGCAUUUCCACACCAAGUACACUUCAAUUGCUUCCGGCGGAAUCUCUUCCUUGGCCGACACUGGGAGAGGAAGAGCGGGCCAAGAAGGCGCUGAGCGUCCUACACUGCCUGAGACUUCUCCUCGACCCCUUCGACCCGCAAGGGUCAUCACCAUCCCCGCCUAUCAGGCAUAAUCGUAGGGUCCUCCUUUUUCGAGCGCUCGCUUGUAUGCAGGUCUACAUGGAACGCAGA